UGACACACACACACACACACACACACACACACACACACAGACACACACACACACACUGAGCUCUCAGAUUGCUGUACUCUGUGUCUGUAAAGUCUCUAUACCGGAGACACACACACACUCACUCCUUCUUUCUUUUUUCUUUAAGGGAUUUUAUGCUCGGACCUGAUCUUCAUCUUCAUUUUUUUAACAAAAGAAAAUUUUAACUUUCUGGAUUUUUUUUUUUUUUUUUUAUCAGGAACAAUUUGCACACUUUUUUCUUUUAUUCUUUCUUAUUUAGAAUUUUGUCCCUGAUUCUUUCAGGUCUUUUUUUUUUUGCUUCUCAGCAUCGGACAUCGAGGUGAAGUCUCACAGCUUCCAACUUUUUUUAAAGAUAUUAAACAAAGAUUUGAUUUUGGUUUUUUUUUUUUACAUAAGAAAGAAAGACUCGUGUUGUCUGGACAACGCUCUGGAAAAAAGCUUUGAAAAACAGUUUUUGGUUUUUAUCACUUUCAGGCUGGACACGUCUACAGGAUUUGUGAUAAAGUGGACAUGAGCAUGAAGACUCUGAGAAAGUGACCUGGAUGCACACUGAAGGAACUGAAGGACCUGGAGGCCUCUGAUUGACUCACGCUUUGUGUUACAGAAAUGAACAAUAAGAGACUUUGUAGAGAAAAAAGGGCUUUUUUUCCCUCAUCGUUAUCACGGGGGCGGAUCGUGUAAAGUUUCCCGUGAGCGAGUUGAAGCUUCGUCAGUGAGCCGAGUAUCACCUGCUGCGCUAACUUCCACCUUUCAGGAUUUUUUUCUUUUUUUCUGGAGGUGACUCGUGCUCUUUUGGUCAGCAGCUCAUUUUCAUCUGAAAGGCGACAUUUCAGACAAAAAAAACAGUUUUGAAUAAUUAUAAUAAUUAUGUUGGGUGGUGAAGCCACGCCUCUGAUGGUUCAGAACGUUAAUGACCUCCCUGAAGGCAGUCAAUGAGACUCAUUCAGCUCUAAAUGGCUCAGUAAGGGACUCAGGUUGAUGGUUUUUUCCCCCUGAAAAUCUCCAUAGGUUUAAACCAGUCUGAUGUUUUUGUGGUCAUGUGACCAGGUCGUGUGGAACGUGAUCGAGUUUGUACUGAAACGCUUUGUGACAGAACUUUGUUAACGAUACAGAAGUUUUUUCUUCUCGUUGUCACGGUGAUCAUGUCGAAGUCUUCGGACCACGUGAAACGCCCCAUGAACGCCUUCAUGGUGUGGUCUCGGGCCCAGCGCCGGCAGAUGGCACAAGAGAACCCAAAGAUGCACAACUCCGAGAUCAGUAAGCGUCUCGGCGCAGAGUGGAAAUUGCUGACCGACUCGGAGAAGCGUCCGUUUAUCGACGAGGCCAAGCGACUCCGCGCACUGCACAUGAAGGAGCAUCCCGACUACAAAUACCGGCCUCGACGCAAACCAAAGACCCUCGCCAAGAAAGAGAAGUUCGCCCUGGCGCUACCGUACGCCGUUCACGCCGACAGCGAAUCGAUGAAACCGUCCCCCGACUCGCUGCUGCGCUCCUCCGACAGAGCCAGGAUCCUGUUCGCACCCUCCAUCUGCGCCAACCCCUACUCCUUUCUGGAUUUUGGAUCCAAGAUGGCCGACUUCUCUCCACCUCCACCUCCGCCGCCUCCUCUUCCCCCGGCCAUGCCGUCCUUCCCGUACCCGUCCUCACUGGGUUUCCCGCCUUUUUCAGGCGUCCAUGCGCACACGAGCGCACACAAUCCGGCCUUCCUGAUGCCGUGCAGCUGCAGCGCCUGGCCUUCGUCCUCGUCGUCGUCGUCUUCGUCAUCGUCGUCAUCGUCGUUUUCAACACCGUUAGCGUACAUCCUGCUGCCAGGCGUCGGGAAAGCACCAGUAGAGCCGUAUCACGCCUACGCUGCUGCGCUUUGAGACCAAGCGCACGUGAGGUUAAACACAUGUGUGUGUGUGUGUGUGUGUGUGUGUGUGUGUGUGUGUGUGUGUGUAAUCAAGUGUUUUAUUCCUCUUACUGCACACCAACUUCCAACAAUGCCAAUUUCUCAUUAAUAGCACUUUUUGUUACUUUUCUUGUUACAUUUAGCGAGUCUUAGAUAUCACAUCUCCAGCCUCUGUCCUUUCCAAAGCCCUCACACUGGAAACUCCUUCUAUAAACGUUACAUAAACAUCACCAUAGCUAUUUUUCGCUGUGUCAAACAAGCUGUUGCUAUGGAUACGCUAACGAAUCAGAAGGAGAGCAUUAAUAUAAACCUGCACUAAAGUCAGAGCUGCUCUUCUGGAGAACUGAUCAUCACCUUCUGACCAAUCAGAGCGAAGAACUGCAGCACUGUGAUGUAAUGGGUUCAAAUGGAUUGUGUGAUGUGUAUUUGAAUAAAUUAGUACCUGUGUGUGUGUGUGUGUGUGUGUGUGUGUGUGUGUGUGUGUGUGUGUGUGUGUGUGUGUGUGUUUUGAGUCCAUAAGGACUUCUUGUUGUAAAGACUCUGUAAAAACUGCUGUUGUGAGAUGAGACAAGAUGAGACGAGACGAGACAUCUCGUGAGAUUUUGAGCAGCAUGAUGGAAGUCUUAAUUUCUUUAAACAAUGUUUGAGGAAAUAUUAUUGAGGAUUGUUUAGAAACACACUGGAGAAAACAAAAUCAGCACUAAUACCUGUAUAUAAGUGUGUGUGUGUGUGUGUGUGUGUGUGUGUGUGUGUGUGUGUGUGUGUGUGUGUGUGUGUGUGUAUUUUAAAUCAGAUUUUGUAAAAAAAAAAAAUAAUAAUAAAAUACAAUUUACAUAAUUUAAACGAAUGAAAAUAAAAAAAAAAUGUAUGAAGAGAUUUUUUAUUUGUAUAUAAUCUGAUGUUUGGGCAUAAUUUUGUUGAAAUAUUUACCUGUGUGUGUGUGUGUGUGUGUGUGUGUGUGUGUGUGUGUGUGUUCACUUGAGGUUUUUGUAUGCUAUGAUUAUUUAUUGUCUUGUUAAAUUUGAACACACACACACACACACACACACACAC